GUCGUCAUCCUCCUUGCUGAGAGAGCGAGAGAGCGAGAGAGAGAGAGAGAGAGAGAGAGAGAGAGACAGAGAGAGAGCAGAGAGAGACAGAGAGAGAGAGAGAGAGAGAGAGAGAGAGAGAGAGAGAGAGAGAGAGAGAGAGAGAGAGAGAGAGAGAGAGAGAGAGAGAGAGGAGGAGUAUAAGCCAGCGAAUGAGAGACAGGGAGAGUGGAGCAGCACAACAAUAGUGGGCUGCUCUUCUGGCUGUGGACUCACAGAGACAGAGAGAGCGCUCAGAGAGACACACAGACGCUAUGUAAACCAGCUGCAGGCACAUUACAGCUGGCUUAUACGUACAGACAAUACAGACUACUCACUUUUGUUUUUCCUCUUGCUCUCUAUGCGGCGUCCAUUCUUCACAAAACCACAGAAUAGCUGAAUUUUGACGCAUUUUAGGAAUUUUUGUGGUCACUGCAUGGAAUUUUGGCCAUACAGUAGGUGGACUUGAGGAGCGUGUCCACAGACAUUUUGGACUGUUUUUUUGUUGUCUGUUCUCAGAGGGUCACCACCUGGACACUGGAACAGCUGACUUGACCAGAGUGGACUUGAGCACUAGAAGGAGUUUUGACUACUUAGGAUUCUUUCACUCAGACUGUGGGCUCCCCUCAAUCAGCCCUCUAAGGGGAACACUUGUGUUUGUUUGUUCUGAAAAGAAAUUGCGUGGCGAGGGCUCGCUCCAUCCCCGAAGGAGGGGGUGCCAGAACAUUUCCAUUCCAGUUGAGUGUAUUCUGGGGAAUGCCUCUGGAUGUGGUGAUUGCCCCAGCAGAGGACUGUUUUUGGCCGAACCUGCAGGACACAGACAUGAGGCUGAAGAUCAGGGUCCGCCGUAUGAAGGAAGGGAGAGAGCUACGAGGAGGUUUUGCUGCUUUCUCCUCCUGUUUCCCCGGCCUGUGUGAAGGGAAACCUGCCACUGCUCUACCUAUGAGCUUGUCCCAGCCUUGCAUGCCUGUGGCUAAUGUAGGGCCCACUCGCAUCCUGCCACACCUCUACCUGGGCUCACAGAAGGACGUCCUCAACAAGGAUCUGAUGGCUCAGAAUGGUAUCACCUAUGUACUGAAUGCCAGCAACACCUGCCCCAAGCCAGACUUUAUCAGCGAGAGCAACUUCAUGCGCAUCCCAGUUAACGACAACUACUGCGAGAAAUUGCUUCCCUGGUUGGACAAAACUAAUGAAUUCAUAGACAAAGCUAAGGUGUCAAACUGCAGAGUCAUUGUGCACUGCCUGGCUGGAAUCUCGCGUUCAGCAACCAUCGCCAUUGCAUACAUCAUGAAGACAAUGGGCUUGUCAUCAGAUGAUGCCUACAGGUUUGUAAAGGACCGAAGACCGUCCAUAUCCCCCAACUUCAACUUCCUGGGGCAGCUUCUGGAGUUUGAGAAGGGCCUGCGGUUACUGCAAGCUUUAUCUUCAACCUCUGAUGACAAGAUCUCCGAAAACAAUGCUAAGCAAUGCUCAGAGGUUAAUGGCGGUUUUGAGAUGAAUGGUCACCACAGCAACUAUGACUCAUCUGUGGCAGACCUACACCUCCCACCAGAACCCAAGCUGCCGUCACCCACCUCCCUGCAGCAAGGCUUCCACGGCCUACACCUCUCCGCAGAGAGGAUCAUGGACACUAACCGGCUUAAACGCUCCUUCUCCCUGGACAUUAAGUCAGUCUACUCCCCUAACAGUCCCCCCUGUCCCAGCCUGGCACCCACACACUCUGAAGACGUCCCCAAGCUGUGCAAGCUCGACAGCCCCGGAACAGGCACCUCCAAUGGUGUCUGCUCCCAGUCUCCCGUCCUAGACAGCCCCAGCUCCGCCGAUUCACCGUUCCCCUCACCAGGCAGCGGGGGCAGCAUUGGAGGUUUGGGGCUCAGAGGAAGUGAAGGAGUCCAUCGGUCUGGUUCUUCCUCAUCCAGACCCAGGAGGAAACCCAAGCAUUGCUCCGGCAGUUCCCCAGUCCACUCCCAACCACACCAACCUCCACAGUCCCUCAGCCUGCCGCUGGACCACAAGAGCCCCAGCAUGGACGAGAACCUAAAGGGGUCCCUGCUCCUGUCACUACCCUCCCAGCCCACCGUGGGCUCUGGGGCCAUGUGGACCAAACACAGAGACACUGUCCAGGCCACCACUCCCGUCACUCCUGUCACCCCCACCAAAGAUGCCCCCUGGCACUUUGGAGCAGUGGAGGGCGGUGAGGGAGAGAUGGAGUUGGGAGGAGGAGGGGAUGGAGGGGGAGAGGAGUCGUCGGUGAGGUUCGGGAGCAGCUCGGCGUACGUGGCGUUUGGGUGCAGCGAAGGUGUGCGGUUACGAGACAAAUCCCAGAGGGAGAAGUCCUCAGCACCGCAGACACAGAAAGAUCACCGGGACACUACGUCGGCGAACAACAGCGGGCCUGCGUCAGAGAAGCAGUUCAAGCGGCGCAGCUGUCAGAUGGAGUUCGAGGAGGGCAUCUCCGAGACGCGAUCCCGAGAAGAAUUGGGGAAGAUCGGGAAGCAGUCGAGCUUCUCUGGGAGCAUGGAGAUCAUCGAGGUAUCCUGACAGAUAAUGGACAUGAUCAGGGCUGUCUCUUGCGGUUAUAAAUAGACCUGGUUAGAGGGAGUGCAAGAGGAGGACAUAUGACUGGGAGCAGAAUAAGCUUUUUUUUGUGCUCCCCUCAGACAAUGUUAAAGACUCCAACCGAGAGAAGGAAAAAUAGAUACACAAGAAGAGAGUUAAUGUGAAAAGGUUAGCAAGUGAAGUAGCAUUUGCGCCUGGAGAGACAAGAGCCUGUGAUGUGGUGCUUAGCCAUCCUGAACUCUCAUACAAUUCUAAAUAAAAGUCUGGGGAAGGUGGGGUAAAGGGGGUGACUGUAGGUACUGAAACUCUUAAUUUUUCUGAGCUCUGUAACAGAUAACAAGGAACGACCCAGGACAAGUGUCAUGUUGCAUCCUUACUAUAUAGAAUAUCCCUAUUUUGACAGAGUUUGGACACAAACUGCUUGCCUGCGGUCAAAUGUAGUGUACUUCAGUGGGUGUAUAGCUUGUGAUUUGAACCAAGCCCCAUGUUUCCUCCCAAAGCUUCACCCCAGUGUCAGAAAGCCUCAGAACCUCGCACGGCUACGUUGCCCCCCCCGUUUGCCUCUUCCCAGUGGCUCUGCCUGCUACAAACUCUGCAUAGCAACAUCAGACAACAAUAACAGACUCCAUAACAGCACCGUCUCCUCACAUCACCACAGCACAAGGCAGAGAGAUCCCAAGGACUAAAUAUAAUGGCGGUACUAUAUCCCAAAGGAUCCUCAUUUUGUUGUUAAAAAGACUUUUGAAGGCCCGUAAGCGACGGGCAGUGUUU